AUGGAGUUUGAAGACGAUCAAUCUUUUGAAAAAUCAGUAGAGUUAAAUCCAUUGGAUUUUCAAGAAGAGGAAGUAGAGCAAGAUAUUAUAACCCUAAAAGAUGCAGUGCUAUUUGUAGUUGAGAUGAGCUAAAAUCUCUUCAUACCAUAUGGUGAUGGUGAAAAAAAACAAAUACAGUAUCAAAUAGUUAUGAAAUCUUUAGAAAUUUUCUUAAAAACUAAAAUUAUAUGUUCACCAACAGAUAUGAUAGGACUUUUAUUUUACAACACAGACUAAUCAAAUAUAUAAUCCUUUCCGAAUUAAUACCUUUUAUUAAAUUUACAAAAUCCUUCUGCACAAUCUAUAUAAUUUGUAAAAAUGCUGCAAACUAAAGAACAAAUGAAUGGAUACUAAAAAAUGAAAAUAAAAAAUGUUUGCUUAAAAGAUCUUUUAUGGAACAUCAACAAAUAAUUUUUAAAUUUGAAAAAUGGCUAGUACUCAAAAAGAGUAUUUUUAUUCACUUCAAAUGAUGAACCUGAUAAAAACAAUAUAGAAGCCUAAAAAAAUGCUAUAAGCUAUGCAUAGAAUUUACUUGAAAAUGAUGUCAAUAUAGAACUUUUCCCUCUCAAAAAAUUAGUACCAGAAGCUGAGCAUUUUAAUGUCAGAAAAUUUUAUAGUUGCAUUAUUAAUUUUGAUUUAAGCGAAAUAAACGAAUACUCAAUAGACGAAACUUCAAAAAUUUACAAUUUGUAAUCAAGAAUCAGAGCAAAAUUAUUUAAAAAAAGAAACAUUAGCAGGAUUUACUGGCAAUUAGGAAACGGAGUAAAUGUUGGAGUAAAAGUAUACUCACUGUUUAACAAAAUAACUAGACCAAAAUAUAAAUAAUAUACCAAAGAUGACAGCAAACCAGUUUCAAAGUUUACUAGAUAUUUUUGUAAAGAAUCUGGUAAAGAAUUGAGACCAUAGGAAAUUGGAAAAUGUCUUCACUUACUAAACAAAAAAGGAAAACCAAAAGAUGAUUACAUAAAAGUUAGAAUAGACAAAGACGAACUUCAAUAAAUAAAAAACUUAGAAGAAGUUGGUAUGAAAUUAAUAGGUUUUAAAGAUAAAUCAUUUUUAAAAGUAUAUUUUAAUUUGAAACCUUCUUUGUUUAUUUAUCCAGAUAAUUCUCUCGUAAAAGGAUCUUCUUAGUUGUUCGAUGCUUUAAUUAAAAAAAUGAUCUAAAAGGAAAAAGUAGCUAUUGUUAAAAUCAUAAAUAGAAAAGGAGGCCAGCUAAGAUUUGGGUGCUUGUUACCAUAAUUAGAAGAGUACAGCCCAGUAGAUCAUGUAUAAAUACCACCAGGAUUUCAUCUUAUUACUUUACCUUAUUGUGGAGAAAUAAAUCAUUUACCAAAAUUUGUAAAACCUGGACCAACAAAAAUCUCCCAAGAAAUGAUUUUAGUAACUAAAUUGCUGAUGAAUCUCUUGGAAAUAUAAGAAUUUGAUUUUAGAAAUUUUGAAAACCCUUCCAAUUCCCAUUUCUAUUCGGUUUUAGAAGCAAUAGCCCUAAAAGAGGAGAAACCAUAACAAAUAGAAGACUUAAUGGAAGUUGAUACCGAAAGAAUAAAUAAGUUCAAAGAAGUAAUUGAUUUAUAUGGAGAUUGUUUAGAUGCUGAAAGCACAACAAAAGACGAUGAUUAUGUGAUAAAAGACCUUUCAGGAAAAAGAAAUUUAGAUCAAUACUUAGAAUAGUAUGCUGAAGAAGUUGAAGAAGUUGAAGAAGAGGAAUAUUAAGUUUAAACCUCUUCUGAAACUAGUAAAUUCCUUAAAUAAAUUUUUGAAGAAGAGGAAAAGUUGCAAUAAAAAUAAAGCCUUUAAAAAUAAGUAGUAAAAGACCUAAAAAACGAAAUAAAAGUUUAGUCAAAUAAUUAAAUUUCAUAUAAGAAAGAAAUCCAACCUCAAGUUAUUGAAUAAAAGCAGACACAUUUAGUUAGUUAAAAGCAACAACAGUCUUAGCAGUUAAAACUAAUCAAACCUUCAAUAAUUGAAAAAUAAAUUUCAAUUGAGGAAAUAUAAAAAGAAUAAAAAUAAAUUGUACAAACUAAAAGUCUCACAAAAGAAUAGAAACUUUUUGUUAAAACUAUUUAGAAAAAAAUUAUUUAAAAAGAGUUUGUCAGUGAUAAAGAGAUAAUUUAAUAUUGUUAGCUCACAAACCAACCACUAUGA